AUGUCAGUUGACACGUUCGAGAGCAUGGGGAGGGGUUGGGAUGGGAUCCGGGAGGAGGAGUCUCCACAUGCCCUCGGCUACCGCCUGGUCCGCCGCGCCAACGAGCGGCGCCGAGGAGGAGUAGGAGGACGACGUGGGCACCGAGGCGAGCCGCUCCGCCCCGUCACCGCCCCCGCCCCAGCUGGAGAAAUCCAUGGCCGCGGCGGUCGAGAUCGAAGACGACUCCUCUGCGUUGUUUCGGUGUCUUAUAGCCGGCAGUUUCUUUACAUUUUUGCGUGCGUGAUUGCAGGACCUCCGAGGCGGCUCCGGGUGCUGGAUGGAUUGCGUGAUUGUAGGGGAUGCGGAUCUGGUAGUUACCAUAUUUCUUCGCUGGUGGAGGUGGAGUAUAGUCAGUCAUUGAAAAUUGGUAGUCAGAGUCGGGAUUCGGAGUUAGAUCGAUUUUCCUCAGACAGAAUCGAGUCGUAAGAUUGAGUCGUGGAAUCGAGGAUUCUACUAGGAGUCGUAAGAUUGAGUCGUGGAAUCGAGGAUUCUACUAGAUUUACUCAAAUAAGAUAUUUUGUAUGCACGCAAGAAAUUUAUAUGGGUUAUAUAGAGUUUCGACACUAAAUGUGGAGCAAAGAAUGUACACAUCAAUGCUAGUUGUAUUCCACUUCUUUUUAUGGCUAACCUACCAUCUAGCUCGCAUGUAUGGAGCAUAUAUGAGAGGAAAAUAUAUAGAACAUUUAAA